UACGAGAGGGUGUUUGUAUGUGUGUGUGUGUGUGUACAAUUGGAAAACUGAAGAAGUUCAUUGUUAUUAUUAUUAUUAUCAUUAUUACUAUUGUAAAGAAACACGAAGAUUAGUCUUCUUUAUCCCCUUUGUGUGUAUUUAUUGAUGAAAGAUUAGUGAAGUGUGAAAUGUGUCUAGUUUGUGAUUGUCGAUUUCAAUAACAAUUUAAUUUGAAUACACCAUGAACCAGUGAGACGACUAAUAUUUGGUUCUAUUACAAGUGUGAUAAUAUAAAACAGGAUAUCGCACACCUUUCUCUGCAUUAAAAUAAAAAAAAUGUCAAUUAGAGCUUUCAUUCCUAACAUCAUCCUCACCAUCAUCAUCAAUGGCAGUAUUUUGUUCCUAUUGACAACAACAACAACAACGACUGCUUAUACACUGAUACAUUCAAACAACAAUGAUAAAUAUGGCGGUCAAAGCGGACAAUUCAAUUCAGAAAUGUGUAACAAUUGGACAUUGAAUACACUAUCUCAUGGUUUAAAUAUUCCCUUAACAAAUUAUUCAAAUAUUUAUCAAUAUAUACCAAAAAUUAGUAUUAUUAUAAUUUCACAUAAUGAAAAUGCAUUAAUUUUAAAAAAUACAUUAGAAAGUAUAUUGAAUAGUACUACUUAUUUAAUGUUAAAUAAUAAUAUAGAGGAGAUUAUAUUGAUUGAUGAUUAUAGUGAUCCUCCAAUCGAUGAUUAUAUUGCCUCUAUGAGUAAACUGAUUCGUAUAUUACGUAAUCCUGAACGAAUGGGUUUAAUCAAAUCACGUAUGAAUGGUGCACGUAAUGCUAGCGGUGAUAUUCUAGUAUUUUUAGACGCACAUGUUGAAACGUUGGAUCGCUGGUUAGAACCACUAGUUGUCCAGUUAAUCAAUUUACGACAACAAAGUCGCAGUCAACACCAUCGUCAUCGUCAAAGUGAACAGUUCGAAGGAAGCAGAGAAGAAGAACAAGAUCAAGGAAUUACUAAACCGUUAUAUGAUGCUACUCAUUUUAUUGUCAGCCCAGUUAUUAUAUCAAGUUCAGAUACAAUGGAUUACAAUAACAUUGAAGACAAUUUCUAUGUUGGCGGUUUUUCAUGGGAUUUAAUCUUCAGAUGGCAUCAUGCCUCCAAUGACAGUAAACCACAGCCAUCCAUAGAUCCAUAUCACUUAAUUCGUCCAAGACAAACACCAGCUUUAGCUGGUGGAAUCUAUGCUGUAUGGAGAGAUGAUUUCUUCCAUUAUGGUGGUUAUGAUGAAGAGAUGAGCAUAUGGGGUGGUGAAAAUAUUGAAUUAUCUUUACGUACAUGGAUGUGUCAUGGACAAAUUGAAAUAGUACCAUGCAGUCGUGUUGGACAUCUCUUCCGUGAUAAACAUCCAUAUACAUUCCCAGCAGGUAAAGAAUUCACUAUCUUGCGGAAUCAUAAACGUACUGUUCUUGUCUGGUUCCUACAUGAUACAAAUUCAACACUUGCUCAAGAAUAUCUUGCAUACUUCUACACAGCAUCACCAGAGGCUAGGGUAAUACCAGCUGGGGAUAUAAAGUCACGCAAGCAAAUAGCGAAUUCAUUGAAAUGUCAUGAUUUUACAUGGUAUCUGAAGAAUAUUUAUCCUUUACUUAAACAGGAGGCUGAAAAUAUUCAAAUUUCCGAUGAUGCCUAUUAUUUAACUGCUUUUGAAGACCUGUAAAUGCUUUUGUAAUCAUAUAACAGGAUGAGGAGUAGUUACUCUCAUAUGGGUAACCUCCUAAGUGUUCAUGCUUUCUUUAUCUAGAAGACUAUAGCAUGUAUGAAACUUUGUCAGAGUUAUUUUUUAUUUAUUUUAAUAAUUAAUUUGAACUUUCUUGUUCUUAGAUUUUGUAAUUAGAUGAUUUGUUUUUGAUUUACUUGUGUUCUUUUUCUGAGCUGGUUAUCGAUUUAAUUGCGAAGCUGUCGUGAUCCUUCUAGACAACAUCUUCAGCGCAGAUUUUAGCUUCGCGAUGAAAUCAACCAGUGCAAAGAACACAACUAAUUCAAAAUCAUUCACUUGAGCUACAAAUCUCUUCCAUUAUUUGAUGAUUUCCUUUUUAUCGAUGUUUUUAACUUUUCAAAGAAGGUGCACUUAUUUGUUUACUCUUUUUGUACAAAUGUAUAGAUUGAAACAAAUUUUCAAAAUAGAAAAUAAAAUGCAUUUG